AUGAGUUUAUCAGAUGAUUCUCUCGCUCCUUCUUUACCUGAUAAGAGUUCAACUUCCACCUUACAACGGAAAAGACCUAGAUAUUGUUCACAGGAGAUAAGUUUUUUUCCUGUGAAAGAACCACAGGAAACGCAUCACUUCCCACACCUCAGUCCCCUGUUGGUAUCACCUUCGAAGACCACCACCAAAGAUGAUAAUGGUGGUCCAUUAACAGCUUUGUUAUCCACAAGGCUCAUGUUAGAACCAUGUACAGUGUCCAGCAGCAAGAACCAAAAAAACUCAUAUGAUGAUGGUGGAAAUGGUGACGUAUAUGUAAAUGAUCCUGUAACAGCUUUGUCACUUACAAACCCCACAUUAGCACCAUAUACAGCAUCCUGCAGCAGCAAGAACAACUCCAAAGAUAACUAUGUUGGUGUGCGCGCAAAUGCUCCUGUUUCUGUUUUCUCACGUGCUCGUCGUGCACCUGCGGUUAAGGGAGCCAUUGAUCCACCUUUUCCAUGGGCAACGAAUCAGCGAGCGACGAUCCAUGACUUGGAAUACCUGGUGCAAAACAAUAUCACUACGAUCACAGGGAGGGUUCAGUGCAAGAGGUGCUUGAACAAGUUCGAGAUGGAGCUUGAUGUGGUGAAGAAAUUGGAUGAGUUGUUGAAAUUCAUUGAGAAGAAAAAAGACAGCAUGUAUGAUAGGGCACCAAAGAAUUGGAUGGAGCCAGUGUUGCCAAGAUGUGAGCAUUGCGGACGAGAGAAUUGUGUGGCACCCGUGUUUGCUGGUAUCAAGAAAAAGGCCAUUAAUUGGUUGUUCUUGUUGCUUUCUCAAAUGCUUGGUUGUUGCACCAUUAAACAACUCAAGUAUUUCUGCAAGCACACCAAGAGCCAUCGCACUGCUGCCAAGGAUCGCCUUGUUUAUUCCACCUGUAUGGGACUCUGCCAACAGCUUCUUCCUCAUCAAAGGUUCCAUUCUUGA